CCUCCCUCUCCCCUGCUUUGUUGAGAAUAGAGAUAGUAAGUCAAUCGUUCAUCGGAAAAGCGUGGAAAGUGAGAACAGAAGCGAAAUGGGGAAGCAGCCGGUGAAGAUGAGGGUGGUGGUCUACGCUUUGUCUCCGUUCCAGCAGAAGAUUAUGAGUGGCCUAUGGAAGGAUCUGCCUUCCAAGCUCACCCACAAGGUCACGGAGAAUUGGAUCAGCGCCACUCUCCUCCUCGGCCCUCUCGUCGGAACCUAUGCGUAUGUCCAAAACUACCAGGAAAAGGAGAAGCUGGCACACAGGUAUUGAAAUCAGUGGGAAGCUGCCAAUUUAUGAGAAUGCAGAGUUUUCAAAAUUUAGAUGCAGCUCUAGUGAGGUUGCUUGCAAUGAUGAGUCUUGAGUUGGAUUUUUGUUAUAUAUCUGGAAUAAUGAAUUUGGAACACUUUCUCCAUUUUAGUUAAAAUAAAUUUGUGGAUUGGCUCUUCAA